AUGUCUGUGUGCUGCUGUCAAAUACAGCUGAGGAAAAGGAUUACACCAAUAUGCUGGCUUUCCUGGGUUCUGUGGUGCAGUGUGAUGCUGUCUCCUGCUUGGGGUUAUGUGAUAGUCAACUCGGUUUCGUGGUCAGUUACCAAUGAGGUGGAGGAAGAACUGGAUAGCGCCUCAAACGAGGAGGCUCUCCCUGCGCUUCUGGAAGACACGACUAGCAUCUGGAAGCAGAGCUAUCCAGCCUCUGUUUACAAAGAAGAUGGGGAAAUGAGGUCAAGGCCAGUGGCUGGGAGAUCCAAGCAAAUCUCUUCUCCUUCUAGGAUGUUUUCCUACAGGAGAGAGAGUGUCAAAGGGACAGACAGCAUUACUCCUCAGGAGCAGGCAAUCAGAACUGCCCGUUUCCUGACCCAUUAUAACAGCUGGGGCUUCUUGGCUACCGAGUCUACCCAGGAAAAGAUCCAAGGUGUACCAUUUGGGAAUUGUUUACUAGUCAGUGAUGGGCCCAUCAAUAACAGCACUGGAAUACCUUUCUUUUAUGUGACUUCAAAGGACAACACUGUGACAGAUCUCAUGAAGAACUCUGUGGCUUCUCUGACAUUGCCAGAGGCAGAAGGAGAUUUCUGCAGAAAAAAUAUAAUUGAUCCUGAGGAUCCAAGAUGUGCCAGACUGACUCUCACAGGACAGAUGGUCAUGGUACCACCAGAGGAAAUGGAAUUUGCCAAACAAGCAAUGUUUUCUAGGCACCCAGUUAUGAGGAAGUGGCCUCGUAACUACGAAUGGUUCUUUAUGAAAAUGAACAUUGAGCACAUCUGGCUUCAGAACUGGUAUGGAGGAGUUUCCACCAUUGCAGUGGAAGAGUAUUUCAAAGCAGUUCCAAGUAAAGAGUGAUUGGGUUUGAAAUAUAAAUCUUGAGUUUUCAUAUUUGCUUUCCAAAAACUUCUUCCAACACCAUGUUGUUGGAUGGGUAUUUUACAGUGAUUUUUUUCAAAAGCAUUCAGAAUGGCCCCAUCUUUUUUACUUGGAUCAAAUGCUAAUAAACCAAUAUGGAUCUUUAUAUUAAAAAUGAUAUGUGGAUGGUAAAUCCUACACUGGAACACACAAUCUUGGCAUUUCAGAUAGGAUCUAUACUUCCUGAAUGCUACUUAAAAAUGUUUUGGAUCUGCCUGUUUUGAUUUUUAGUGUCAUCCACCCAUGUGACACUUACAAUAUAUGCUAAAUAUGGCAUUCUGAUUUACAGAAAAACUAAUUACCCAUACAAAAAAUAAAUGACUGCUGUAUAUUGUGGAAGUAUUAUUGUUACUUGCUAUCUUGUUUUGUAGGUGUUCUAAGCAAAUAUCCCUAGCUGCAACUAUAAAAAGAUGUUUAAGUUUGUGUUUAUACUUUUAAUGAAGAGAUCCUCAUUUUGGAAUUUAUGUUUUAGUCAGUCACACCCUUUUCCAAAUUAUCCAGUUAAAUAUUUUGCUUGGAAAUUGAGGAGAAGGAGUGGUGGACCUUGCUGGCUAUUGCAGUGGCAAAGUACAAGCAGCUCAAACAAAAUAAAUUCAGUACACAGUGUCUUUUACCAGCACAAGGAUGAUUAAACAUGUUAAAGGGUCAAACAAGAAAUCAGACCCACCACAGGAUAAUCCCAAUACACUUAUCAACAUUCUUUUUAAAAAAUGUAGUCUCUACUAAACCUGUUUUAGAUUAUGGGACCAGAGAAAUAUUGAGUUACUUGCUGGCCUAAGGUCCUGUGUUUUUCACAUCCUGUCUCUCCCCUCAUUUUCAUUAACCUAUUCCUGAGAUAGACUUUCAUAGCCAGUCCCUGGUUCUCCCCAGUGGUGGAGCCAGCCCUUGAAUCCUGUUCCCUAGGUAGGUUUAAAAGGGAGUCUCCCUGACAUUGUCUUUGCAAGGGAAGCCUGGAAUAAUUAGUAGCAUUUUCAGUUCAAAGACCAAGCAAAAAAUUUCCAUUCUCCCUUUGCAAAACUUCACUGCAAAGCAUAUGUUGGACUGGCAACUUUUUCCUGCAGGGCCAAGUGAGGCUGCUUUAUCAGUUCUUAGCCACUGCUUACUUUAUGAUAUACCACUAAGGUUGUUCUACACCACCUGACCUAGAAUAUCUUACUAAAAAGGGUCUGAUGGCUUAAGUGGCUACUUAGCUACACAGCUUGUAAGGAAUGUGUGUCUAUUACUUACCAUUAAAUUAUACAACAGCUCUUACUGUAACACUGUGAGAGCUAGACACUGUAAGAGCUUUGUGUGCCUGUAAUGGAAGUACAGGUCUUUUGAUACCUCCUAGUGCAGUGGUGGGCAACCUGCGGCCCGUCAGGGUAAUCUGCUGGCGGGCUACAAGACAGUUUGUUUACAUUGGCACGGCUGCCUGCAGUGGUCGUGGUUUGCCGUUCCCGGCCAAUGGGAGCUGAGAGAAGCAGCGGCCAGCCCGUCCCUGUGGCCCGCGCUGCUUCCCAAAGCUCCCAUUGGCUGGGAACGGCAAACUGUGGCCACUGAAAGCUGUGGGUGGCCAUGCCUGCGGACGGUCAAUGGAAACAAACUGUCUCAUGGCCCGCCAGCGGAUUACCCUGAUGGGCUGCGUGUGGCCUGCGGGCCUCAGGUUGCCCACCACUGCCCUAGUGGAAACCUCAAAAGCCCUGAUACUGCACACCCCAGUGCACUCCUUAGGGGAAAAAAACUAGGUAAAUCAGCUAAGAACCUGGGCUUUUCUGCAUUAAUGCCCAUCCAGAGUUCAGAGGCAGUUGAGGGGUAUAUGACCAACUAGAAGCUAGUUAAGUGCAGCUGAGCCUACAUAGGUUCAAUGCAUUAAAAGAGGGUGUUAUUCUCAGGCUAUAUCUAAACUAAGGGCUUGUCUUCACUGUGGGGGGAGAUCAAUGCUGCUGCAAUUGAUGCAGCAGGUGUUGAUUUAGCGGGUCUAGUGAAGACCCACUAAAUCGAUGGCAGAACGCUUUCCGGUCAACCCCAGUACUCCACCUCUCCAAGAAGAGUAAGGGAAGUCGACUGGAGAGUGUCUCCUGUUGACACAACGCAGUGAAGACACCGGGGUAAGUUGACCUAAGUUACAUUAACUUCAGCUACGUGAAUAACGUAGCUGGAGUAGCGUAACUUAGAUCGACUUACACCAGUAGUGAAGAUAAGCCCUAAGAAAUUUUAGGAAAAUUUACCACUGAUGCUGGCAAUACUGAGAGCCUACUGCAGACAAGCUGAUGGCAGUCACUGUCAUUAUAACAACCAUGCUGAUUACACUUCCUACAAGUCUAAAUGAAGGUUAAAAGGAGGGCAGCAGUAACUUGUCUACACUAUGGUCCCACUGUUGCUAAUGCUUGGACAGCUAAACCAGCGCUAGUAACCGGGGGAAAAAUUCAGAAAAUAUCCCUGCUGUAGACAGGGUCUCAGAGGGGAUAAAGAUAUGGAGGUCAAGUCAUACAGACUAGGCUGUAAUUGACUAGAAGGCUACUGACUGCACUCUGACUCCACUAAGAAGAGAUACAAAACACAAAAGAUCACUUAGUGAUGCUCUGAGCCACAUUAUCAUAUUAUGUUUAAACAGAUUUUUAUCUGUGUUGAUGCAGAAAUAUGCCAAGGCAGCUUUGCCCACAUGAAGCCUUUUGCCAAAUAUCUCCCUCUUGCUACCACCAAUUCAGAUCCACCAGCACUAGCAGUGUUAAUUUAAUUUAAACAAAGAGCGGGUAGCCACUAUCUGUACCAUGUCAUGUAGAUCUGCUUUGAGCAGAAUUGGAUUACAUGGUGCUUAAAAUACCAUGAGCCACCCAGGCCUCUCAACUCUGGGGCCCCCAUUGUUGACAUCACUAUUGGAGCUGUGUAGGAAUGGUGGAAAAUCUAGGGGGAAAAGCCUGGGUAGACAUCUUGCUAGAAUAUUCUUUUCUGUCCUCUUUCUCUUUUUCAGCAUGUUUACUGAUUGUACAGAUAUUUUGCAGAGGGAACUGUGGUGCCUGCACUAGUGGAGGAAAUACCCUGCAUAGCUGUUUUUCCCUUGCACUUUUUUCCUACAAGUUUGCCCAAUCUGCAACCCACUUUGCUCUGUGGAAUUUAGGAACACAGGAGUUGGUCCUACACAGAUGCAUGGAAUGCUAUUAACUGAAGCUUUCCCACAUUCUUGUUAUUUUUACAUUGGGAUCUCUGUUCGUUUUGGGUCUGAUCCUAAGCCCAUUGAGGUUAAUGGGAGCUUUUUCAUUGAUUUCAAUAGGCACAGGUCUGAUUCAAUAAGGGGAUCUCUAAAGGUUUGCACAAAUAGUGACUUGUAACUGUAAUUACACAUUUUUUUGCCCCAGUUUACCUUUAUACCCAGAGAUCCCGGAAAAAGUUCACACAAAAAGCAAAUUAGACUUUCCCAAGUUUAAUGUCUAGGCACACUGAGGAGGGGAAGAAAAAUAAAAAUUUUAGGCAUUAAUAAUUACUCAUUCUUUCCUCUACAUACUUUUCUACUGGCCUGAUGACAGUAGAGUCCACAAUUCUUCUCUCUCCUGUCAAUUAAUACUCUAGUCUUUGAAGAGCUAAGGAGUUUUACCCAACACAUUUUAGGUUCUUGUCAAACCCUCGGGGCAUGAGACAUCCAGGGAGAAAAUCUUGAAACAGCAGUGAGGACUUAAGAUGUCAAAGGAGGCUUCUUAAACAGAUAUGUCAUCUUAAUCAAAAGUCUCGCUUCCACACCACAAAAGCCUCUGAAAGGCUACAGAAGCCCAUCACAAACCUGCCCAAGUAGCUUUGAAGUGACUUCUCUGAAAAAAGGGUUUUGGGAAUGGCGGGGUGGGGGCGGAGGUUGUUUGUUUAAUUGGGCCUUAAAUUAUUAGCUACAAACUAUCUAAAAAAUAUAUUAAUUGCCAAAUUUCUCAAUUUAUAUCAAUCAUCAUGUGGUAUGAGUUAAGUGAAUAGAGUUUAUUAAACUUUUAACCCAAAUAUUAUUGUAAAGAUUCUAUAAUAGAUUCAAAUUUCCCUCAGGCUAUUGGUUAUGACUAUGGGGUCUGAUCUAUGGAUAGCAAUAGUAAAUCAAUAGUAAAACUCCCUUUUAUUUCAUUCUGAUCUUAAGGAUUUGAUCCUUAGUAUUUAUAAAGUAUUGCAACUUACCAACAUGCAAUUUAUUUUCAUGUAUUCUGUACAUGUAUUCUGUACUUCAGUAAGAAUCACAUUUUAGUUUAAUUAUUUUGCAGCUUAAUAUUCAUUAAAUAUUCUCAUUUCAGAAAAGCCUUGUUGUGCAAUCUUUCUUUAGUUAAAUCUUCACUUGUGGUUCUGUAAUAGUCCAUUUAUUUGUGUUUAUUUAUGACUGUGUGUUAGCUGGAAAAAAGAAAAUGAAGUUAUGAAUUUUGACUUCUGAUGAACAAUGUUACAAUCCUUGACUAAUCUGUACCAAGGUAAUGCAUGUACAGUAUUAAGCACAGCUAGUUUUAACUGCUGUUCUUAUUUAACCAAAGAAUGCUUCAUUUCUAAAGUAAUUUUCAUCAUUUACUUGUCUGUACUGUUUAUGGAUGUGUAUUGCACUUUACAAUGUAUUUUGACUUGUAAAGAUAAUGAAUGUUGUUAACAAAUUAUCCAUCAAGCAUUAAAUGCAAAUAAAUAGCAAA